GAAAUAUAAAAUUCUUCAAGCCAGGUGGUGGCGCUAAUUUUGUUAUUCUAAAUUUCUCCAACAGCGCUAAAGUGCAGAAGCAGAAGCUUGCGUUGUGGUCAACAGUCCAGGCGCUCAGACAGUGUUGUUAUAAGAAUAGAAACCAUAGCUGAAUUAUUGAAGAAAUGAAUGAUGGCCUGUUUCAAGUACUGCACUUUCCUGCCCGGCUUAAAUAUGCUCCUGUAAACAAGUCAGGACAUUUCACCAAGUGGGACGUUGAACUUCUGAAACAGGUUAAACAUAAAAAUAUGGCAUCCAGAGGACUUUGUGGUACUCAGCAAACAUCAUCUGGUACCCUCCACAUGAACAAAUCUCACAGACAAACACAGAAACGUAGCAAGGAGAGAAAUCACAACUGCUUGGAGUGUGGAAAGAAUUUUAAUCAUGAGAGUCAUCUCAAAAGACACCAGCGCAUUCACACAGGAGAGAAGCCGUAUCGCUGCUCAGAGUGUGGGAAGAGGUUUACUCGACAGAGUACUCUCAACAUACACCAGCUCAUUCACACUGGAAAAAAGCCAUAUUGCUGCUCAGAGUGUGGAAAGAGUUUCAAUCAUCAGAGUUAUCUCAAAAUACACCAGCGCAUUCACACAGGAGAAAAGCCGUAUCACUGCUCAGAGUGUGGGAACAGUUUUACUCAACAGAGUACUCUCAAAAUACACCAGCGCACUCACACAGGAGAGAAGCCGUAUCACUGCUCGGAGUGUGGGAAGAGUUUUAAUCAGCAGAGUAAUCUCCAAGAACAUCAGCGUGUUCACACAGGAGUUAAACCAUAUUAUUGCUCAGAUUGUGGGAAGAGUUUCACUCAACAGAGUAAUCUUAAAACACACCAGCGCAUUCAUGCAGGAGAGAAGCCGUAUCACUGCUCAGAGUGUGGGAAGAGUUUUACUGUACAGAAUCAUCUUAAAAUACACCAGCGCAUUCACACAGGACAGAAACUGUAUCUCUGUUCAGAUUGUGGGAAGAGUUUUACUCAACAGAGUCAUCUCCAACAACACCAUCUCAUUCACACGGGAGAGAAGCCGUAUCACUGCUCAGAGUGUGGGAAGAGUUUUAGGUGUUCAAAGUCUGUGACAACACACAAGUGCACCAAAAGCAGUGGUGAAAACGUGCAGCAAUGGGUGUAACAUGAACACAUUCUGGAAGUAAAAGUCUCAUGGAAACGGUGCUUCCAGCCCAGAAUUCAAACUGUUUUUAGGGGAAACCACCAAUUUUUGUUUUACCCUGUUUCUAAAGCACGAGCAUAAAAUGAAAUAUAAUUUCCUGUGCUGAACACCAUGUCUGGUCAACAGCUCACACACCCAGUGAGGCGUGCUUCUUCAUAUUCAUAUAUUCAUUUGUAAUAUAUGUUGAAAAGUUCAAUAUAAAUUUUCAAUAUAAUAUAAUAUAAUUUUUUUUUUCCUUUCUAAUUUAGUAUAUCUGUGCUAAUAAAGUACACUAUAUUGCCAAAAGUAUUCACUCACUCAUCCAAAUCAUUGAAUUCAGGUGUUCCAAUCACUUCCAUGGCCACAGGUGUAUAAAACCAAGCACCUA